GCGUGAUAGGAAAAUGGGAAAGAAGAGUACUUCUGAAAUUAAGAUAGAGGGAGAGACCUCUCUGUUCAGCGAGAGAAUAAGAAGAGCUCAGAAAGCUUCCAGGUCUGGAAACUGGAGAGCCUUCAAGGAAAUCUUCCAAGAAGACAAGAAAGAUCUGCUUAAGGAUUUAGACUUGUUCAAGAACACCGCCAUUAACGUAGCAACUCGCUCCGAUAGUCCACAGCUCUUGAAGGAGUUGCUGGAAAUGCUUUCAGAACAGGAACGGUGGGUUGCCUUCACGAAGAAGUCCUGUGAAGGUAACACUCUCCUUCAUGAAAUCGCCCUGAUUUGCAAGGUGGUGGAGAUGGCAGACGUCGUACUUGACUUUGAAAAGAAGAUGCCGUGGCCAUUGCCGGAGGCGGCGGCUGAGGAGGAGGAGGAGGAGGAGGAAAAGGGAAGGCCAUUGCUGGAGAGGAAAAACUCGAAAGGAGAAACGCCACUGUUCAGGGCAGCAAAAUAUGGGAACCUGAAGAUGGUGAUCCAAUUGGCUAAAGCAGCAGCAGCUCAGCCUCAGAGUGAUAUGAAAAUUCAUCUUCGUAGCGAUACUCGGACCAUUCUUCAUGCUAGCAUCAAUGUCCAAUCUUUUGAUGUAGCUCUUUGGAUAAUACUGAGGAUGGAUGGGACCAGUCUAGUGACGGAGCGAAAUAAAAAUGGGUUGACGUGUCUUCAGCUUCUCGCUAGAAUGCCUACUGCUUUUCGAAGCCACUACCAAAUGACAUCCCUCUCCAACCUCAUCUAUAAUUUGCUUCCGGAUGAAAGAUAUGAAAUUGAAGGUUACGAUAGCUUUGAGUUGUUUAGGCCUUCGAGUACAGACCUAGAAACUGGCCACCAACAUGAUGCCAAGCCGCCAACCUCAGGUCUUUCAAGGAUCAACUACGCUGCUUGGAAAUAUCUAGCUAAAGUAUUCUUGGGGAUUGAUUCUGUCUGGAAAAGAAAGAAGCGUCAUCAGCUAGCAGAGCGUCUGGCGAAGUUUCUGGUAAAGAAUGACUACUCGUGGCAGGCAUCUUACAAUCAUAUUAAGAAAACACUCGUCAUAUUGCCAUCUGUCGUUUACAAUGUAGCCAAAAGAAAAAAACAAGUAGAACGGAAGGAAGAGAAGAGGCAAGAGAGAGAGGACGCUGAUGAUGAUGACCAAGAUCCUGACAAACAAGAAAAGAAACACCAUUAUGAUAAUCACACGCCAUUGCUGGUAGCUGCUAGCAAUGGGAUUAUAGAAAUCGUCGAACUGUUCCUUGAAGAGCAUCCAGAGUCAGUGAAUCACGUUAGUGAAGAUGAGCAAAACAUACUGCACAUGGCCGUCAAGCAUCGUCAGUUAGAAAUCUUCAAACUGCUCAAGAAAAACCCAUCGUUUGACACAUUGGUUACUCGAAUCUCUCGAGAGAAUCGCACCGUGUUGCACCAAGUUGCGAGGAUGGAUUAUUACAGAGCAGCGCACCUUGCUGGUUCAGCUUUCCAACUUCAAGAUGAAUUAAAGUGGUAUAAACGAGUGGAAGAAGUUGUUCCGAGACAUCAACAUUUGCAUUGUGACCAUAUGAGACUUACAGCGGGAGAUGUUCUGGACAUAGAGCAUGAUCAGAUGCUUGCAGACGCACAAUCAUGGAUAAAGCAAACCGCCGAGUCUUGCUCAACCGUAUCGGUCCUUGUAGCCACAGUUGUCUUUGCAGCGGCCUACACCAUCCCUGGCGGGAGUGAGGGUGGCACGCCGGUGUUCCUCAGAUCGCCGGUGUUCAUCUUCUUCACCGUCAUGGAUGUCGUGGCGCUCGCCUUUUCUCUGGCUUCGGUGGUCAUGUUUCUUUCCAUCCUGACGUCCCCAUUUGAGCUAUGGGAUUUUCACAAGUCUCUGCCACGUAAACUGAAUAUAGGGUUUGCUUUUCUGUUUUGCUCGCUGACCACCACAAUGCUUGCUUUUAGUGCAACGAUUUUGCUCACUAUAAAGUUGCAGUGGAAGCACUGGACUUCGACUUUGGUUUAUAGUGCAGCGUUCUUUCCUGUGACCAUAUUUGGCUUGAUCGAAUUCCCACUUUAUAUGAUGCUUCCGAGCCUGUUCUUCAAGGUAUAUAAGAAGACCAUGAAGGUGAUUCCAAUUGAUAGAGCCGUCAAACGUUGUUACUGUAGAAGGGUUCAGAGAGCAACGUAUUUGUAAGACAACAGUACUUUGUGCAAAUUUCAAAUCGAAGGUGUGUUGAUUUGUUUUUCUGCAGUGUGUUUUUUUUGUGUGUGGGGGGGUGAGAGAGAGAGAGGAGUUGGUAUGCAUGUGAGGAAGCCAUGUCGUUGGUGUGUUAUAUUAUUCUUAAAUAAUACAAGCGAAUGCUGAAUUUGGAUAUAUUCGAUAACAAGAAGAUUGUA